AUGCCUCAUUAUCGCAUUGGGGUCGACGUCGGUGGCACCAAUACCGACGCCGCUCUGCUCAACGCAGAUGAUACAGAUCCCCGUGUCUACGCCUCUACCAAGACGCCCACGACCCCCGACAUCACAUCGGGCAUUUCUACGGCCAUCGAGAAUGUCCUGGCUGAAUCCCGGGUCGACAACCGGGACGAGGUGCUGAGCGUUGCGAUCGGAACUACCCAUUUCAUUAAUGCGGUCGUCCAGGCAGAUGCUACCCGCCUCAGCAGAGUGGCUGUCGUUCGAUUAUGUGGGCCUUUCACUAGGAUGGUGCCUCCGUUCGCGGAAUUUCCCCCCAAGCUGAGGGAGAUCAUGCAGGGGCCGGUGUUCUAUCUGGAUGGUGGACUGGAAAUCGAUGGGCGGGAGAUUGCUCCGCUGGACUCUGAACAGAUCAAAGCAACGGUCAAAAGCAUCCAGGAGGCAGGUAUCCAGACCGUCGCCGUAGUUGGAGUGUUUUCCGCAGUCGACUACGACGGCAUCCACGAAGAAUCCUGCCGAAAGCAAAUGCUGAAACUGGAGUCCUCCCUAUCUGUUGUCUGUUCUAACACCGUUGGAGGCAUCGGACUGUUGGAACGGGAGAACGCUAGUAUUCUGAAUGCUUCCAUCCUGGGGCUAGCGAGGAAAACAAUCGUAGCUUUCAGACAAGCCUUGGCCCAGAUGAAACUAAAGUGCACGCUUUAUCUCACCCAGAAUGACGGGACCUUGACCGAUGCCACUUCAGCAGCGAACCUUCCCAUCAAGACAUUCUCCAGCGGGCCUACCAACAGUGCGAUCGGCGCAGCGUUCCUCGCGAAACAACACCAAGCACAAUCAGCUACCCAGGUCCUGGUCAUGGAUAUUGGCGGCACUACAAGUGAUGUUUGCGCACUGCUGCCAAACGGAUUUCCCCGCUCGGCCCCAAACUUCGUCGAUGUCGGAGGUGUAAAAACGGCAUUCUCCAUGCCGGAAGUGCUCUCUAUUGGGCUUGGUGGAGGGAGCAUCGUGACGAUAGAAGGUGAUACCGUGCGUGUAGGCCCAGAAUCGGUUGGCCACGAAAUCACCCGGAAGGCGCUGGUCUUUGGAGGGGACGUAAUGACUGCCACGGAUAUUGUGGUUGCUUGCGGAAAGGCCGAUAUAGGCGACAAGUCGAAGGUAGCCCAUAUUCCGGAGGAUAUCAUCGCCAAGGCCCGAGCUUGUAUUCGCAAGAUGCUCGAGCAGGCCGUUGAUAAGAUGAAGAUUUCGGAACAACCGGUAACCCUACUUCUUGUCGGAGGGGGCUCCAUUAUCCAGAUGGACCCGUUGCGCGGUGUUGCGGAGUGUAUUAUCCCGCGUCAUUACGGCUCCGCGAAUGCAGUGGGAGCAGCAAUCGCUAAGGUCAUUGGCGAGGUGGAUAUCAUUGUUAUGCUAGCGAACAACGAAGGGGGUGAAGAUGAAGCUGUGGAGGAUGCGAAGCAAAGGGCUAUUGCAAAGGCCGUGGCUCGCGGUGCGGACCCAAGUGAUGUUAAAAUCGCAGAAAUCACCAAGAUUCCCCUGUCAUAUGUGACAGGCAAGGCGACUCGCCUGGUCGUCAAAGCUGUCGGCAAGCUCUCUUCUCGUGGGGCUGUGGAGCAGACCUCAGAUACCCCGGUCGAUCAAUACAUAAACGACAGACCGUUGAACCCUGAAGGGGGCUUAAACAAAGCUACCAAGUUUGACUCCUACUCUGUCACCCCAUCCUCUGACAUCAACAUCGAAACAUAUCGACCCGACGUGCGCAAUCAUGUGUGGUAUCUAACACCAGUCGAUCUCGAAUUCAUCGCCACUGGCACUGGGGUUCUUGGAACUGGCGGUGGAGGACCUUCGCGGUUACAGUACCUGCAGUGUCUAGACAUCCUGCACAGGUCUCCAGGGAAAAUGAGAGUUGUUCCUCUCUCCAGCCUCAACGACUCCGAUGUUUGCGUGUCGGGCUCCUGGUACGGCGCGCCGAGCGUAGCCGGGGAGCGUCUUCCUGCAGGAAACGAGCUUGCACUUGCAAUGGAGGCCUGCGUCAAGAUAUCGGGAAAGUUUGAUGCCAACGUUGCGGUGACUGGUGAGAUUGGCGGUGGCAAUGGAUUGUCUGUUUUUCCAAUGGGUGUGGAACAUGGCAUUCCCGUGGCUGAUGGGGAUAUGAUGGGAAGGGCGUAUCCCACUAUGGCUCAUUGCCUCCCCUUUAUCUACGGCGUGAAUCCACUGCCAUUUGCUCUCGCUGAUGGAAGAGGGAAUACAGCUGUUGUAACGAAUGCCCAGAGUACCCGGCGUAUUGAGACGAUGAUGCGCGUCCUGUGCGAGGAUCUUGGUUCCCAGGCAGGAGCAUCGUCAGCUCCAUUCUCGGGGGAUGUAAUCAAGCAAUACACCGUUCCUAACACAAUCUCCCAAUCGUGGUACAUCGGCCGAGCCAUCCACUCCGCCCGUCAGUCCAAGAAGGACCUCAUCCAGGCGAUUUUCGAUGUCAACCCCGGCAAACUGUUAUACAGUGGGAAGAUUGUCGACGCGAAACGCGACGUGAGUCAAGGGUAUACUAUGGGCACCUGCACUAUUGCCCCAGUCGGCAACGAUGAACGCGAGGCCCCGUCAAACCAAGCGUCUUUAUCACAAACCGAUGAUUGUUACUUGGUGGUCCCGUUCCAAAACGAGUAUCUCUAUGCCGCAUACGCAGAUGGGGACAAUCCACGCGACGUCUCGAAACAGACGGUCAUCUGUACGGUACCUGAUCUCGUUUCCAUUUUGGGUCAAGACGGGGAAGCCCUCGGGUCGCAGGAUCUUCGCUAUGGCCUUCAGGUGCACGUUAUUGCUAUGGCUGCGCACCCGCUGUGGCGAACUGAAAAAGCCAUGAAGGUAGGAGGGCCCGAGGGAUUUGGUCUCCAGAUGGAAUGGAGGCAGGUUAGAGAGUAUCAACCACCGCUGAGUGUGGUUGACGAGUUUAAUUCCGAAUAA